CCCAAACACUCAGACACAAAUUAGCUGGCGCAUUUUAGCACCAUUGCUGAUUUCCGUGCUAUCGUGCGCCGCCAAAUAACCUUCCUCACUUCACUCUUUUCUGUCUCUUACUCUCUUCAAUGAAAAGCCACCGCUUCCAUGGGAGCCAGAUCGCUGAAGAAGAAGAGGCACCGUGAACAUCUCGCAGCGCCACAAGCUUCUUCCAUGGCGGCUGCUGCUAAUUCUCCCCCACGCCGCAAUAAGGCUCGUCGUCCUUACGCCACCGUCUCCGUACUUCUCUCGGGGGUUCUCUUUGUUUCCGUCGCGGCUCUCUUGUUCAUUUCGUCGAACAAAUGGCGCGCAUUCGGAAAUUAUGUUUCCUAUGAGAUGGUCAACGUGGUCAACGAGUUCCCUCACGACCCAGAAGCCUUCACCCAGGGCCUUCUUUAUGCUGGAAAUGACACCUUAUUUGAAUCUACUGGUUUAUAUGGCAGGUCAUCUGUCCGAAGAGUUGCUCUUCAUACAGGCAAGGUGGAGGAGCUGCAGAGGAUGGGUGAUUCUUUAUUUGGAGAAGGUUUAACUCUACUUGAUAAAAGGUUGUUCCAAGUAACUUGGCUGCAGAAAGUUGGUUUCAUAUAUGACCAGAAAACUUUAGGCGAAUUAGGGACAUUCAAUCAUGAGAUGAAAGAUGGUUGGGGUCUGGCGACUGAUGGAAAAGUCCUCUUUGGAAGUGAUGGCAGUUCAACAUUGUAUCAACUUGACCCUCGAACAUUUAAAGCUUUAUCAAAGCAUACUAUCUACUAUAAGGAUCAGCAAGUGUAUAAUCUCAAUGAAUUGGAAUAUAUAGAUGGUGAAGUUUGGGCGAAUGUUUUUACAACCGAUUGUAUUGUAAGAAUCUCUCCGAAUGAUGGCCGUGUUCUUGGAUGGAUUCUCCUCCCAAAUUUAAGGAAAGGACUAAUUGAUGCCGGGUAUACUGCUAUUGAUGUUUUGAAUGGGAUAGCAUGGGAUCGUCAGCAGAAAAGAAUUUUUGUGACUGGAAAAUUGUGGCCAAAGCUGUAUGAAAUCAAGGUUGUUCCUAUAAAUAAACCCAUUGAUGAAGGGAUCAUUGAGCAGCUUUGUUUGCGUCAGCCAUUCAAAUUUACAUAAUGUUACCUCUUUGGAUGUUGGGGUUUUUCUUUAUUUGCAAAUAUACUUUGGGAGGGGAUAUAAUAUAAUAUCCAUUCUUUUGUAUAUGGUUGGGAUAAGGUUGUAAGUAACAUGUGGAAAAUGCUAUCUAUUAUGUUACAAAAUUAACGUUAUUCAUAUAUGUUAACGUACUUUAGUUGUUUAAUAUAUAAUUUGUAGUGCAGAAAGUCUUG